CGAACUUGACACUCACUUGACAGGUCUGAAUUAAUGAACAACAUUGUAGAUACAGGAAGAGCAAUUGUAGAAUUAUUGGUCCAAUAUAUGCCAUAAACCCGCAUGGACAAGAAGCCUUCGCCUCGCUCCAUGUCCUCCGGGCCGAGACCGAUGUCUUCGCCGCCGAGACGCAACCGUCGACACCGAGCGUCCGAUUGUCAACAUUACCGGGGAUGAAUGGCGGUGCGUCAACGUUAACGCGUCAAAAUGAGGCUUUUAACGUCUCUGUUGAAGAACACCAACCCCAAAGUGGAGUAUUAUUCCAGGUUCUCGCCGUCUCCGCUCUCCAUUAAGCAGUUUUUGGAUUUCGGUAGGGAGAAUGCAUGUGAGAAAACAUCGUACAUGUUCCUACGUAAGGAGUUGCCGGUGCGUCUGGCCAACACCAUGCGAGAGGUCAACCUGCUGCCCGAUAAGCUACUCAGCCAGCCGUCCAUCCGUCUUGUUCAAAAAUGGUACAUGCAGAGCUUUGUGGAGCUCCUGGAUUAUGAGAACCGAAAGCCAGAGGAUCCUCAUGCUCUGAAUGACUUCCUGGAGCUGUUGAUCGAGAUCCGAAACCGUCACAACGAUGUGGUUCCGACCAUGGCACAGGGCGUCAUCGAGUACAAGGAGAAGUUUGGUUUCAACCCCUCCGUCAGCAGCAACGUCCAGUAUUUUCUCGACCGCUUUUACACCAACCGCAUCUCCUUCCGCAUGCUCAUCAAUCAGCAUAGUCUCCUGUUCGGUAACGACACCAACCCGGCUCUUCCCAAGCACAUCGGCAGCAUUGAUCCGACCUGCUGUGUGGCUGAAGUUGUCAGUGAUGCAUAUGACACGGCCAAAAUGCUGUGUGAAAAGUACUACUUGGCUGCUCCUGGGCUCCACAUUGAAGAGUUUAACAUGAAGACCCCCAAAAAGUCCAUCCAGGCCGUGUACGUGCCAUCUCAUCUAUUUCACAUGCUGUUUGAGCUCUUUAAGAACUCAAUGAGAGCCACAGUGGAGCUUCACGAGAACAGCACAGAAGGAUUACCACCUGUUAAAGCAAAAGUCACUCUUGGUAAAGAGGAUCUGUCCAUAAAGAUCAGUGACAGAGGAGGAGGAGUUCCUCUGAGGAAGAUCGACCGCCUUUUCAACUACAUGUACUCCACUGCCCCGACGCCCAGCCUGGAGCCAGGCGCAGUCCCGCUGGCCGGUUUUGGCUACGGUUUACCCAUUUCCAGGCUCUAUGCCCGAUACUUCCAGGGGGAUCUGAAGCUCUACUCUAUGGAGGGUGUGGGCACUGAUGCUGUUAUCUAUCUGAAGGCCCUGUCAAGUGAGUCCUUUGAGAGGCUUCCCGUCUUCAACAAGUCAGCGUGGCGACACUACACCACCAGCCCCGAAGCGGACGACUGGAGCAACCCCAGCAAGGAGCCGCGUGAUGCCAGCAAGUCCAAAUACAAGACCAGCAGAUAACUCGGCACACUCCUUCACAAAUUACCAGUUUAGCAUCACACUGUCUUUAUAUCGUACUGGCAAAUAUAGAGGACAUCCAGCAAAGUCUCUCUUCUGUAACUCCAUUUAUUAAUAACCGGUGACGCCUGGUCAAAUGUUCUUGUGUUUCGUGUGCUGCUUCGCCUACCUCAGCUUUGCACAUAGCUCCCUGUGCCUCAGUGAGUCAUCAGUAUCUCUUCAUCGUUCAAAGGGCGUUUUCGCUUCUUCUCGCACACCCUGGCUUCGAGUUUCAGUGGCGUCCUCCUUUCUUUUGAGAGCUACGUUUGACUGGACACACAAGAAGGUCAGUGGGGUGGUAGUAGUAGAGUCUUGUUUCAGCCUGGGAGAAAAGUCAUAAAUCAGGAAAUACAGGAUUCUGCUUCACCAAUACAAAACGGUAAAGCCUUACUACUGAAUUUUAUGGUGGAUGUUUUAGGUCUAGAGUCCCUCAUCGUCCUUUUGCAAUGUUGGUAGAUUAGUCAUGUGCCAAUCUUGCUCUGUAUGGCCAUUUCCAUCCAUCCAUUUUCUACCGCUUAUCUGAUGUCGGGUCGCGGGGGCAGUAGCUUUAGCAGGGACGCCCAGACUUCCCUCGAGGUCAGCAGUGCACCAUUCCCAAUAUACACAGUGUUGAUGGUGCACUGCUUCCCCCACCUGAGACGCUGGAUAGUGGACCAGAAUUUCCUCGAAGGCGUCCGGACGUCUUUCUCCAUGGCCUCAACGAACUCCUCCCAUGCCCAAGUUUUUGCUUCAGCGACCACCAAAGCUGCAUUCCGCUUGACCAGCCGGUACCCGUCAACUGCCUCAGGAGUCCCACAGGCCAAAAAGGCCCGAUAGGACUCCUUCUUCAGCUUGACGGCAUCCCUCACCGUUGUUGUCCACCAACGGUCCACCAACGGUGAGGGGGAUUGCCGCCACGGCAGGCAUCGGCCGACCACCUUACGGCCACAGCUCCGGUCGGCCGCCUCGGCAAUGGAGGCGCGGAACAUGGUCCAUGGUCGGACUCGAUGUCCCCCGCCUCCCCCGGAACAUGAGCAAAGUUCUGUACUGAAACUCCUUCUGACAGGGAAUUCCACCAUACGUUCCCAGCAGACCCUCACAAUACGUUUGGGCCUGCCACGUCGGACCGGCAUCUUCCCCCACCAUCGGAGCCAACUCACCACCAGGUGGUGGUCCGUUGACAGCUCCGCCCCUCUCUUCACGUGAGUGUCCAGGACAUGCCGCAAGUCCGAUGACACGACCACAAAGUCGAUCAUCGAACUGCGAUCUAGGGUGUCCUGGUGCCAAGUGCACGUGUGGAUAUUUUUAUGCUCGAACAUGGUGUUCGUUAUGGACAAUCCGUGACAGAAGUCCAAUAACAGAACACCGCUCGUGUUCUGAUCGGGGGCCGGGGGCCGUUCCAGGGCGUGAUUCCUCCCAAUCACGCCCUUCCAGGUCUCACUGUCAUUGCCCACGUGAGCAUUGAAGUCCCCCAGCAGAACGAUGGAGUUCGCACUGCACUGCACCUCGCACUGCACCCGCCCCCGAUAGCCCCUCCCACAGGCGGUGAGCCCACGUGAUGGGGGACCCACGUUACCCUUUCGGGCUCUGCCCGGCCGGGCCCCAUGGGUGCAGGCCCCGCCUCCAGGUCUGGCUCCAGAAGGGGGCCCCGGUGACCCCCGUCCGGGAAAAGGAAACCUGAGUCCAUUUUUUGUCGUCAUCAUAAGGGGUCUUUGAGCCGUGCUUUGUCUGGUCCCUCACCUAAGACCUGUUUGCCAUGGGUGACCCUGCCAGGGGCAGGAAGCCCCAGACAACUUAGCUCCUAGGAUCAUUGGGACACACAAACCCCUCCACCACGAUAAGGUGACGGCUCAAGUAGGGGCAAAUCUAAAAGACCAAAAGGUGGAAUAACAAAACAAGGAAAUUGAAAUGUGCAGGUGGAUACAGAGUAGCCAGCAUCCUAACAGUGGAUCUGGUCAGGAAUCUAAGUUGAACAUAAUGUGCUUUUUCUUUUAUUAGUGGGAGUGAAAAUGAGAAGGUGGAGAAAAAGCACCAGCAAAUUGGUUUUAUGUAGUAUGUAGGAGCAAACACACCACCAGUAAACAUUUCUUUUCAGCUUUGGACUGCUGUAUGGCUUUUCCUUUAACUGUUUUUAUUCAGAAGAAACUCAAUUGUCUUAAUCAGGCAGCACACCAGGGCUGAAGGCUUUGAAGGCAGCAGAUGCAAAUACAGCAUCUACUGAAUCAAACACAGUACAAAAGAGUGCAUUUUACUAACCUUCCACUUAAUUCUACUUGAAUAAGAGUAAAAUCAACUAUGAAGAUUUCUAAUGCAAAGUUUUAUUAUAAUGGAUGAUUGAAAGUGGUUAAAAGUGAUAUUUGUGAUAUGAAGGCCAGUUUAAGCCUUACUUCCAAUUGUUAUUUCAUCUGAUCCUUGGAUGUUUAACAUGAAAUCCAGUGUGUAUAAAUAUGAAUAAUGUAUUUGUUGCUUAUGUAUGCAGCCAGUGUGGGAGUGAUGGUUCAUCUCACAGCUUCAAAUUAUGUAUUUAUAUGCAUGAAAUGCGAUUGUGGCCCCAUGCAGACAUGCAUUCACAAACCAAAAAGCCAGUGAUUGAGCAAAGAUGUGAUUCAGCAUAAGAUUAAUUCACUUUUUGUCAAACAUGACAAUAAAAAAAAAUAGAUGUUGUG